CCCUCUCUCUCUUUUAUUUUAUCAUGUUUAUGAAAAAGCACGCUCAAGAUGAUGAUUUCGAAUCUCCUCGUAAAAUUAUUACUGAGAGUAAUGUCGACUAUUUAUCCUAUAAGUUUGAUGAAAUGGAUUUAGCUGCUUCAUGGCGAGUCUUGACUAAACAGAAAAUGACGAUUGUCAAUGGUAUUCGACUUGAAAAUGCUUCUUGGAGAACAUGGGCUAAGCAAAGAAAUAACCUAAAGACAGUGAGUCCCGAGACUUUGAAUUGGUUAAAAGACAGUGAUGUAACAUGGCUUUAUGGUCCUUUGCAUACAGUGAUUAAAGAUAUGGAUGAACAAGAUAGAUAUGCUAAACCCAAAGUAUCCACUACAGAAGAUACAUUAGGACUCAUGACACAACAACAACAACAACAACAACCACAACAAGAACAAGAACAAGAACCUUUAAGGAAAUCAACACCUGAACCCACUGUCAGACCCAAUGCUUCCCCUCUUCAGAAUGGCAAACCAUUAAAAUCAGCAUUGAAGAAAGUGACCAUGUCUGACAUAUUAAAACGGUCUGUUUCUGAACUACAGAUCCAUAAUGAACCUGAUAAAAUAGCUGGUAUUUCUAUCUCUGAAGCAAACCAACAACUCGGCGCAUUUUCACCUGCUGUGAUUGCAAGUCAUCGUCAGCCUAAAUUACGGUUCAAUCAAUAUGUUGAACAAUGUGUUGCUUUGUCUUCAAGCAGUGAAGAUGGAAGUAGAAAAAAGACAUCGCGUAUGCAUAUGGCUCAUUUAAAUGACGAAACAACCACUAAUGAUGAAUAUGAUGACGACGAAUAUGAUCCUGGAGAAGAUUCAGAUGCGGGUAGCCUCAUCAUGAUGCGUAAACCAUCUCGAAUGCACUCUUCCAUCAAGAAAAUAGAACCUGCUUUACUCAAGACAAAUUCUCGUUCUGAAGACUCGGUUGAUUCAGACACUUCUGAAAACGAGAUCAUUCCUACUUGUUCCCAUCAUUCCUUUCGCCAUAAAAAGCAUCGUCAUCGUAGCCAUAAAACACACCACAAUCAUCAUGAGGACUGGGAUGCAGAAAGUGCAGAAUCAGAUGCUUUUGUGAACCAUAUUAUUCAAGUCUCUAAAGGCAAACAGCCCAUUCCGAUAGACUCAAAUACAACAGAAUGGAAUCAGACCUAUGAACAAUCCAAAUCAGACUAUGAUUAUGUAUUUGAUGAUGAUGAUUGGGAUACACAUAGUGAACAUAUGGACGAUUUCCCUCCUUCUUCUUCUUCCUCUAUCCAGAUAUGCAAAGCACCUGCUGUCAGUCAGACAACAUCGCCUAGCCCUAGAAUAGAGAAAAGUAAGAGCAAUACAACUGCAGCAGAAGACAUUCAUUCACACCAGCAAAGCAAUUCACUGCUGAACAGUAUUGCGAAUUGGGCAUCAUCUCAUAUUUGGCCAUCAGAUAAACACGAUUAAACUAUGACCACUAUAUUUCCCCUCCCCCCUCUCUCUCUUCCCUCUCAAAAAAGAAAAGGAGCCUUUUUAUUAUUAUUAUUAUUAUUAUUAUUAAAGCAAUGCUCUAAUAUGUGCUUAUGGGUCAUUUUUUAUAGAAUCAUC